AUGACCCUCCCGAUCGGCGGGACCAUCUCAGCGCAACAGCUCGCCGACAUCCUCCCGAACGGAUUCGCCGUCCUCAACUCCCGCGACGAAAGGGUCUUCAUGAACAGACGAUUCGAAGAACUCAUGCUGACGCAAAGCCCCAAAACCUUCGAGAGCUGGUCGCAUUCUAUCCACGAGGAGGACUAUCCCCAGGUCGCGCGGGCAUACCACGAGGCAAUACGAUUGAAGCGACGAUGUCGGGAGGAAUACCGAAUCCGGGAACACCGGAGCAUGUGGCGCGUAGUGAUCCUCACGCCGUUGGAUCCGGCAUACCUGCAUCAAUUCGAUCUAGACGAGGAGGGCGGGUUUAUCUGUAUCAUCGCGGACUUCACGCAGGAGAAGACAGCGGAGCUAUCGCAGCGCAGGAUCGCUGAAGAAGCGGAGGAGCGCAAAAAGCAGCAGGAGAGGUUCAUCGAUAUGAUCAGUCACGAGGUGCGGAAUCCCCUAUCUGCGAUUCUACACUGCACGGAGGAUAUUCUCGAGGCGAUUCAUAAGAAAACGGAGGGGGAGGGUAUUGACGUCGCGGAGAUUGCUACCGCGGCGGAUACGAUAUCGUUCUGCGUGGCGCAUCAGAAGAAAAUCAUCGACGAUGUGCUCACGUUCUCGAAACUGGAUGCUUCGAUGUUGACUCUCUCCCCGCGACGGGUCAUGCCGCGACGAGAGAUCGCUACUACGUUGACUAUGUUUCGGCCGGAGCUGCGCAAACAUGGUAUCCAAUUCGAGUAUAUCCUGGAUCAGUCGUAUGCGGACUGCGCUGUGGACUGGGUCGUGGCUGAUAUGGAUCGAAUGGGUCAAGUGCUUAUCAACCUGGUCUCGAACGCGAUCAAAUUCACGGCGAAAUCAGGUGGAGAGAAGAGCAUCCGCGUAUCGAUGGGCGCGUCGAGAGAACGACCCUCUUCGUACCCUCCGAACGUGGUCUUUUUCGACUUUGACGGCACGGCAUCGCGCAUGGACGGGACGUCACGACCCGAAUGGGGCACCGGCGACGCAGUGUACAUGAUGGUUGCGAUCAAGGACACGGGGAUUGGAAUCAGUGACGAGGCCCAGAAACGGCUUUUUCAACGGUUCAAGCAGGCUACGCCGCUGACGGAGAGCAUCUACGGCGGGUCGGGACUAGGGCUCAAUGUGAGUCGGAAGCUGACCCAUUUACACGGGGGGGAAGUCGGUGUGAGUUCCAAAGAAAACUCUGGGAGUACCUUUGGGUUCUACUUCACUGUGCGACGAAUCGCAGAGGGAGCGGUCGAUGACCCAUGCCCGAGAGGCACUGACUCCAUUGACGAGCUGUGCAGUGAUAUCCACAAGCUGGGCAAUGAACUAACCAGCGUGAAUCGACGCACAAAACAGCCUGAGAUUUCCGGAACGCCGCCCAUGGUGGCCGGAGUUUCGGACGUGACGCCUGGGGCCUUCGACGAGAGAGUUCAACAUACGGCCAAAUUGCUCCGUCAGAUAGAGCACCCUGUGGCCGAGGCUACAUCGCGACCUCAAAACCAUCAAAACCUGAAUAGUAAACCCACAGCGACCGGGGACUCCGAAUCAUCCCGCCGCAUCCUUUUAGUCGAAGACAACGUGAUUAAUCGCCAAGUUCUCUCUCGGAAGCUGAAGUCCCUUGGGUUCCAAGUCUCGGAGGCCAGAAAUGGCCGGGAAGCCCUGGAUGCGGUACAACGCACCUCUUACAGCUGUGUGCUCAUGGACCAGGUCAUGCCAAUCAUGGAUGGAAAUGCAGCGACGAGAGCCAUUCGCGAAAUUGAGAAAGACACGCAUACGCAUGUCCCAGUACUGGGGGUCACCGCCAAUGUCAGGGAAGCACAGAAGGAGGAGAUGCUGGCGGCGGGAAUGGACGAUAUCCUACAUAAGCCGUAUAAAACGAAUGAUUUGGCUGAGAAAAUCGAUGGGUUGAUAUCAAAGUUAUCAUAG